GUUGUUACAACGUAGCUCAACUUCUGCAAUUCUCAUCAUUUACAAUAUUUAAUUUGCUGGACAGGAUACAAAAGAAUUUGGAUGCAAAUUUGAAGUCUAGAUGAUGUGUUAACUGUGCAAACAGUAGGAGAAGCAAGCCAGUGGGAUGAGAGUCUUAAACAAACCCAGCAACCUGAGGUUCAUGGCCAUGGUGAGAUCUUCACUCCAGAACGUCAUGCUUUUACUGCAGCACAUCCAAAGAAUGGCGGUCACAUCACCACCAUACCAGAACCUCUGCAAGGAUAUUCAGACAGAAGUUGACAGCGAGAGCAACCCUCCUAAAAGGGCCCUAGGGAGUCAGAUAUCAAAAGCAAAAUCACAAGAGUUGGACCAUGUUGGUCACAUUCCUAUAUUCUCCAAAAGAGAGUGUUUAGAGGAGGUCGGUGCAGAUAAAUGGACUGAACUCAUAACAGUCCUACAGGAGCUUUGGUUCUGGGUAAAGCUGAAGGAUGAAGAACUGACACAGCAGAGAGACGCUGGUGAAGAUCGACAUAAAUUACUGCAGCAACAAUAUAACUGUAUGGCCUUCAGCAGUGAACUGACUGGUUGCAGACAGAAUGUAAACAGAUCUCUGAAUCAGAUCUGUCUGUCUCUGGAUGUUCAACCUACAACAACUGGAGCCCAGAGAAAUACUGAAUCAGAUGCAGAUGCAGAGCAGGAAGAGAAGAUUGAGCAGAAUCGGGAGCGGUUCAGCUGGCAACAUGAGGUGGACUGGGCACUGGAAAAACUUCAGGAUCUUCAAAAUGCCAUGGACCAAAUGGACCUGGGCCUGUCUGAGGUGAAUGAGAUUUGGCACGCAGAGAGUCAUAGUGGUCAUGCAGCGGUCGACUGUGAACAUGAGAAGGUCGAGGAGAUGGAGACCAUGGGCAAUCACCACAAGGAGAUGCAAUGCUCUCAAAUGGAUAACAAAGAUUUGUUCCACGACGACUUGUCUGUUUCUGUGCAGUUCCCAUGGCAGAGAGCUGUUUUUCAAAAUGGCGUCCCUUAUUAUAUCAACCAUGAGCAGCAGACCACAUCUUGGGACCAUCCUCAGAUGACACAGCUAUUUCAAUCGAUGGCUGAUCUGAGUCAGGUCCGUUUCUCAGCUUACCGCACAGCUAUGAAGAGUCGCCAACUGCAGAAAGCCCUUUGCUUGGAUCUUUUGGACCUCAGCGUAGCACAGAGCGCCUUUGAUCAACACAAACUUGCUCAUAAUGGGCAACUGCUGAAAGUUUCAGACAUUGUAAGCUGUCUCUACACCAUCUAUGGAGAACUUCAGCAGGUACACCCAGAUCUGAUCAACGUCCCUUUAUGUGUGGACCUGUGUCUCAACUGGCUUUUAAAUGUCUAUGAUAGUGACAGAAGUGGAAAAGUUCAGGUGUUGUGCAUGAAGAUCGGCUUGUUCUCCCUUUCGAAAGGACAGCUGAAGGACAAGUACAAAUGCAAUUUGGGACCUUUCCCAGAUCUGUUCACUCAGGUAGCCAACGCUAAAGGUGUUUGUAACCGGAGGCAGCUGGCCUUACUGCUUCACACCAGCAUCCGAAUCCCAGACCAGCUCGGUGAGGCUGCAGCAUUCGGAGGUGGUAACAUGGAGCCAAGUGUCCGUAGCUGCUUUCAGCAUGUAGGCUGUGAAGACUUCAUUGAGCUCGAGCAGUUUGUGGAUUGGAUGCAUUUAGAGCCGCAGUCUAUGGUUUGGUUACCUGUGCUUCAUAGAGUCGCAGCAGCGGAAACGGCCAGACACCAGACCAAGUGUAACAUUUGUAAAGACUGCCCUAUGGUGGGCUUCAGGUAUCGAAGUUUAAAGCACUUUAACUACAACGUGUGUCAGAUGUGUUUUUUCUCGGGAAAGGUCAUCAAGGACCAUCAUCUCAGUUACACCAUGGUGGAGUACUGCACCCCUACGACCUCCGGUGAAGAUGUGCGUGACUUUACCAGAGUACUAAAAAACAAAUUCCGCUCGAAGAAAUAUUUCACCAAACAUCCUCGUCUGGGUUACCUGCCAGUGCAGACCAUUCUAGAAGAAGAGACCCAAGUAUCGUUUGUAAGCUUGUGUCUAGAGGAUUAUGAGAGGGAAGACCUCGACAAUGCUGAGAUUCAUAAGAGAUCAUUAGACUCAGCAGCAUGUUUUCAUCAAAGCCCAUCUGACAGCACAAUCAUGAGGAAUGAGCCGGAACAGACAGCACAUUCUCUGAACGAGAAGACAGACGGCAGACUGAACUUUCUCUCUGACGAGACUCCAUAAGUCUGGUGAGAUCUGAUGUCUGAGAUCUCCGUAUGUGAUUUUAUCUACUGCUGUCUAUCACCCAGAACUCAGAGGCGAUGCAGUUUUGAUAGCACUUUUAUCUUCUCAAACGGUUGAGAGCUGAAACAGACUGCAGUGAAGAUUCAUCUGUUUAUCAUUUACAAGCUGCUCACUAAAGUCUUACCACAGGGACGAAUUGGGUGAUCACACAACAUCCGGUCAUGGUUUAUUGCUACUGAUAGUAGGGUAUACAUACACACAUUCACUGUCCUCCAAUCAGCCCUGACCAUUAUUUAUCUACACAAAGCCGCUUUGCAAAGAUGCAUUUUUGAAUGCAGAGAGUAAAUUUUUUUCUGCUUCUCGUUUAAAUAAUGCUCUUCUUGAUACAUUUAAUCUUGGUGAUUUGUUUUUUAGGACUGAUUUUGUAAUCAUCCAGAUCAAAAGUCAAAUUUGAGAAGAACCAUACAGGCAAACUCCUAAAGGAGUCUCUGAUGUCAUUGGUAUUUGACUGUGAGUGUUUGUUUCAAAUUUAUUUCGUAUAUAUAAUGACUGUAGAUGGCAUUGGACAUUUAUAUGCUCUGUUUGGCACCAAUGCAAGAUCACAGUGUUUGCUGGUGGUGUAAGUGUUUGUUAUGUAAAAGCUUAACGUUAGUUAAAUAUAUAUUUAUAAAAUGCAAUUUUCUUGCUC